UUACCCCUCAUCAUCUUUCCUUCCUCUCCGUUUUCUCUUCAUCGUCCUAUUAUUUCUCUCUCUCUCUCCUAGUCCUCUUUGAGUUUUGGGGUUGGUUGUUGCUUACUUCACCUCGAAGAUGAAAAGUGACCCAUUUGGUUUUCGUGCGUGGAGAAAGAGACAUUAAUGCUGAAGACUGGCAAGUUGAAGGAAAGAAAUAUUAAUGCUUAUAAAGUGUGGAUACGGAGAGUUUAUGCAGAGGUCUCUGCCUCCAUAUUACGCCUAUUUCAUGGCUAAAGUGCAGAUACAGAGGUUUAUGCUUGCAUCCAUCUAGCGUUAGGAGAAUCUGCAUUGUUACAUAAGCCUCUUUAUUGUCAAGGUUGACAGGGAAAUGAUUGACGUCCGCAAUGGAGCUUGUUAAUGGCGGAGAAUGUGGAGAAAGAGAGAAAGAGGCCUUUAUCCCAGAAAAUAUAGGAGAAAUGAAAAAAAAUUAUACAAAAUAAGACUCCCCUUUUUUCCGUUCUCAAGUGAUUACAUUUUAUCAUAAAACACGAAAAUGUUGGUAAAUAUCAAUAAGUUUUUGCCUUUUCAACACCAUGGAUUUACCCUUAACAUAUACUUUUUAAGGAGAUCUAUUAAUUCGUGUAUAAAUUUUCACCGGAGCAAGAAGAUAGACCAUUCCCUAGAGAGGAUGGUAAAUUUUGCUUUAUUCUGUUUUUCGUUAAAGUGAUGAUGAAUUAGCAUAGUGCACAUGUAGUUUGAAAGUCGGCAUCGCUCUGUCCUUCAGUGGUGUUUGCAGCGGCGGAGAAGAGAGAAAGGGAGAAAGAAGAAGAAGAAGAAGAGGAAGAAAAGAGAGAAGGGCAUAUUUUGAAAAUUUAAUGAUUAUUUAAGGAUUUUUUUGUUCUUUAAAUUUUAUCUGUUAGAGUCAACGUUUGAAAGGGCUAGUUUUUGAAACUCUAAGGUUUAUGUAAGAAGUUUUUUCAAACCACAGGGUAUAUAUAAGUAAUGCCACUCAAAACCGCAAACCGCGAAAGGCCCCCUCUGUCCGUCUGUCUAUGUGUAGUGUACCAUGGCUGUAGGCAAAACCACGGUGAGAGUCUCCAACAUUCCGUUGACAGCCAUUGCUCAAGAGCUCGUCGACUUCUUCGAGGCCAAACUCGGCAAAGGCUCUGUAUUCGCCUGUGAAAUCGCGACGGAGCAUAAGAACUGGAAGUCGAAAGGGCUGGGUCGAGUUCAAUUCGAGACUAUUGAUGCAGCAAACACCGUGAGUCUCCUCUCUGAACAAAGAAAACUCGUUUUCCGAGGUAGCGUCCUAGUCAUCUCCCCGUCAUUCGAAGAUAUCAUUGUUCGACCGGUUGAGGCUAGGAAUCGGGUCGACAGAGGGGUUUUACACGUGGGUUUCUUGGUUGGAGUGGAUCAUCUGAGUGUUCUUGAGUCGUGGAAAGGCGUCAAAGCCAACAUUAUGCCCGAGAGGAAAAGGGUUGAGUUUUUUGUGUUUAAAGGCAAGGAGUGUUAUAAGUUGGAGAUCAAUUUCAGCGACGUUUUUACGGCUUCAGGGUACCGUCUGAGAGGAAGGCAGUCAAAUGCCCUUCUUUUGAGGCUUAGGUAUGCACCAAAGAUCUACCAGAAAAUUUCUGGAUCAACUGUUGCUUCAAAAUUUAGCACUGAUCGGUACCAUAUUUGCAAGGAAGAUGUAGAGUUUCUUUGGGUUCGCACAACUGAUUUUUCGGAGUCAAAUUCCAUUGGGUGGUCAUCUUCAUUUUGUUGGGAACUUGAAGAGGGAUUAUUAAGUUCAGAUAUUUUAAGAAGUUUCCCAUAUUAUAAAGAAGAGUUAGGUGAUCUAAUUGUUGAAAAAGAGGAACAGUUCUGUUGUGAAUCUGAGUUAGUUCCACUCAUAAAUUCUGGAUUAGAUUCUACAUUGGCAUAUGAGAUCCUUUACCAGCUCAAUUCCCUGGUUCAUACUCAAAAAGUUAGCUUGAGGGCAGUAAAGUCUGAUGACCUGAUUGAGAUUCUAUGCUGUUUAAGUGUAGAUACUGCUAAUGGAUUUCUUUUGCAGUUGCACAAGAUGAAGUCCACUUGUUAUGAUCCACUACCAAUUAUUCAGAGACAGCUAAGUAGUCUCUUAAGAAAUCAGAAAAGUCUGCUCUCAUCAUCUCAAAGAGGGUUAAGGGAAGGCAACUUAAUGAGUUGCCACCGAGUACUUGUUACCCCUACAAAAAUUUACUGCUUGGGUCCUGAGCUUGAGAAAUCCAAUUGUGUUGUGCGGCACUAUGCUGCAUAUUCUUCUGACUUUCUAAGAGUCUCUUUUGUUGAAGAAGAUUGGACCAAGCUUCACUCUGGUGCCCUUUCAACAAGUAUAGAGGAAGGUAUUUUUUCAAAGCCAUAUAGAACUAGAAUAUACUAUCGAAUACUGUCUAUUCUCCGAGAUGGGAUUAAGAUUGGGGCUAAGAGAUUUGAAUUCUUAGCCUUCUCAGCAAGCCAACUCCGUUCAAAUUCAGUUUGGAUGUUUGCUUCUAAUGAAACUGUGAAAGCAGAAAACAUUAGGGAAUGGAUGGGCUCUUUUAAUAAGAUCCGCAGUGUGUCCAAAUGUGCUGCAAGAAUGGGUCAAUUGUUCAGUUCUUCUGUGGAAGCAUCUAAAGUCCAGGCACACCAUGUUGAGAUCAUUCCAGAUGUUGAAAUUACAAGAGAUGGUAUCCAAUAUUGCUUCUCAGAUGGCAUUGGAAAAAUUUCCCAAUCUUUUGCCAGAGAAGUUGCUCAGAAAUGUGGACUGAGUCAAACUCCCUCUGCUUUCCAAAUCCGGUAUGGUGGCUAUAAAGGUGUUAUAGCUGUUGAUCGGAAUUCUUUCUGCAAGCUAUCUUUGCGUCCAAGCAUGCUAAAAUUUGAUUCUAAUGACAGAACACUUAAUGUCACAAAAUGGAGCGAGUCCAUGCCUUGCUACUUGAACCGGGAGAUUGUUUCCCUGUUGUCUACAUUGGGAGUGGAAGAUGAGAAGUUUGAAAUGCUGCAAUGCAAGCAAAUUAGCCUUCUAGACAAAAUGUUAACAAAUAGAGAGGCUGCAUUGGAUGUUUUGGAGUGCACAGCUGGAGAUGCUAAGACUGUUCUAGUAAAGAUGUUGCUGCAUGGUUAUGAACCAGGUGUGGAGCCUUACCUGUCAAUGAUUCUUAGAGCACAUCGGGAGCAUCAGUUGUCUGAUAUAAGAAGUAAAUGCCGAAUAUUGGUUCCAAAGGGCCGUGUACUAUUAGGAUGCUUGGAUGAGACUGGCAUUUUAAACUAUGGUCAAGUUUUUAUUCGAGUAACCAUGACAAAGGCCGAGCAAUGUCAUGAUGAUCAGAGUUUCUUUCACCAAGUGGAUGAGACAACAUCAAUAGUAAUAGGAAAGGUGGUCAUCACAAAAAACCCUUGUCUCCAUCCUGGUGAUAUCAGAGUGCUUGAUGCUAUCUAUGAAUCAGCAUUAGAGGAAAAGGGAUUAGUUGAUUGCCUUGUUUUCCCUCAAAAAGGAGAAAGGCCUCAUCCAAAUGAGUGUUCUGGUGGUGAUCUUGAUGGCGAUUUAUUCUUUGUCUGCUGGGAUGAAAAUCUCAUCCCAUCACAGACUGAUACCCCAAUGGAUUACAUUGGGAGAAGAUCACGUUUGAUGGAUCAUGAAGUAACCUUAGAGGAGAUUCAGAAAUAUUUUGUCAAUUACAUGAUCAAUGAUACCCUUGGUGUCAUUUCGACUGCACAUGUAAUUCAUGCAGACCGUGAACCAAGUAAAGCAAGGAGUCCAAAAUGCCUUCAGUUGGCAGCCCUCCACUCCAUGGCUGUUGACUUUGCAAAGACGGGGGCACCAGCUGAGAUGCCAAGGGUACUGAAACCAAAAGAGUAUCCAGAUUUCAUGGAGAGAGGAGACAGACCAAUGUAUGCCUCCCCUGGUAUAUUAGGUAAACUCUACCGGUCCACCAUUGACUCAACCAAGAAUCAAGAGCCUGACUUUGUCUGGAAUGAAGAGGUUGCUCAAGCUGCUUAUGACAAAGAUCUUGAAGUGAGAGGGUUUGAAUCUUUUGUAGAAACUGCAGAAAGUCACAAGAAGUUAUACACUGAGAAAUUAAGUACAUUAAUGAAUUAUUAUGGGGCCAGGAGUGAAGAUGAGAUACUGACGGGUAAUCUGCGAAGCCCAUCAUUGUGUUUGCAGAGAGACAAGAUUAGGUAUGGGGAAAUGAAGGACCGGGUUUUGAUUGCAGUUAGAAACCUACAAAAAGAAGCCAAGGGUUGGUUCCAUAGUAGCUGCAAGUCUCAUGAAUGUCACAAGAUGGCAUCCGCAUGGUAUCAUGUAACUUACCACCCAAAGUAUUGUCAUAAUGGCAUGAACAGUCUGAGUUUUCCAUGGAUCUUAGAUGAUAUUCUACUGAACAUCAAGUCUGUUAAGAAGAUGAGAAACUAAGCGUGAAUAGUUUGGCUGUUGUGGAAAAUGUUUAGGUGUAGUGACACUGUAUCUAAAGGAACAACGCGUGUUUUAAAAGCUUUUUGGUAUUAUGACAUUUCCCUUUCCCUACGGAACCGGAAAAUGCAUGAUGAUGCAGAAUGGCAAUUUCUGGGCUGGGUUAUUAGGGGGCGUUUGGCAAGUCUUUUUGGGAAGAUUUGGUAGCUCUGACAAUCAAAAGACACAUUGAGCUUUUGCAUGAA